AUGCUUCAGGAUGUUGAGCUGGGGAGGUGUGAUAAGGAUGCUAGCGAUCUAGAGCAAGAUGAGGAGAAGAGGGGCAAGAGGUUGGAGGAUGCUCAGGCUAAAGCCAGAGAGAUUGUUGUUGAGAAGAAAGCUCUGUAUGACUCCUUGGAUGCAGUUCUUCUUUGCCAAACGGAUUUAGGGAAAGAGGUAUCAGAUCUAAACAAGGAAGUGGUGUCUGCUGUCGGCGUGUACUUUAAACGGACCAUAGAGCAAGUUCUUUUGUUGUACCUCACUCUAGACUUGAGCCCCCAGAUCCCUUCAAGGUUGUGA